AUGGAAAAUAACGAAAACGACAAUUCUUUAAGACAAUUCCAAUUAUUACAAGAAACGCAAAGCCAAAUAGAAGUGUUAAAUAAUCAAAUUGCUAAGAUUAAUAAACAUAUAUCCAACCAAAAGAUAAAAAAUAAAAGAGCAGAAGCCGCUUUAGAAUCGGAGGAAUUGAAGAAGGAAGUUGAAAGUGAGCGUGAUUCGACAGCCCUAGAUCUACCGAAAUUAGAAUCAGUAAAGAACCAAUUAGUAGCUAAAUUAGGUGGACUGAAUACUCAGAUGGAUCUCGGAGAAUUAACUUUGAAGACUGUGACACCGAAAUUUCGUGUCCAUUUGUUUCUGUUAGUGGUGUUUGUUCACUCAGUGUGUGACCUAUUAAAAGCACUUUUCAAACGUUUGGGCAAACUUAUGGAUGACCUAAACGUGAAGUUUGGAGGUCCACCAGGAGAAAAAUUAACCUUAAAAGAUGCGGCAGAUAUGUCAAAAAUUUUCCGUAAAGAGAACUUUAGACCCUUUAAACUCCUAAAGGGAGUUACAUUAGUUUUAGCCUUUUUGGCAGAGUUCCUAUUGCCCUAUUGUCUAUUCAACAAGACAACUUCAGUGUUGAAAACUAAUUUCCAGAAACAAGUUGACUCAUACUCACCGUUUGCCUUGGUGACCUGUAAAUUACCUGAACAUCCGCGUUACUUCCUCAAGUCUAAAGCAGAACUUGACCGUCUGAUGGAAGAAGAUUAUAAAGAGGAAAGUAGUGCAAGAAUGAACGUAUUCGACUUCUUUGCAAGUCUUUCUGAUAUGACUGAAAAUACUGAUGAGGCCAUGAAAGAAAGAUUAGAAGAACAUGUCAAGCAAAAUUCUCUCAAAUUACAAGAAGAAUUUGAUAACAAUAGUGAUUUGAAGACUAAUUGGUCCGAGGAGAAAUUUUUCCUCAAAACUAUUUUUUCAAUAAAUUAG